ACGAACCCUUUCGGGGGAGGGGGGUAAGCAUACGCGACAGAGUUGCCCUUUUAAACGUUGGAGGCUGAGGACCAUCUGUCAACGUCUAAAGUGGGUGGGAAACGAGUCUGUUUCAGCCAAUCCUCUUUCGGAUCAGUAUAGCCGCUAGUGCUUUCUGUGCCGCGAAAUUGCUCCUGCAAGUUUCUGAUGAAGCAGCCAGUGCAUACUGUGGCUAGGCGGGAUGCUUUUACACUCACUACACACACGUGUACAGGAGGGUAAACAAGCAGGAGAAGUAGACAGAGGGGAGGAAGCGCUUUGAAAUACCUCAUCAAUUCGGGAUUUCAAACGCAGCAGCGGAUUAGUCCACACCGUGGACCUGAGAGGAGAAAGGCCUUUCUGCAAAGUUCAUGUUUCUACGACGAAACGUUGUCGUGUAGCCUGAGCACAGCCCUGUGCCUCUGAAUAAGGAGGGCAGAGGAUCAUGCCUCGGUACAAUGUGUGCACCUUGCUGGACUGGGCUUACGGGGGCGUGGACCCCCAGUUCGAGGGGAACGGGGGAGCGGAGUGCGCCGCUUUUCUGCCCCUGAGGCAGCGCUGGGUGGAGAGUAUUGUCUUCGUGACUAUCUCCCUGCUGGAGAUGGCUGUGGCUAUUCGCAAGAUCAGGCGGCAGGAGCUGAGUGUAGAAUUCCAGCAGAAAAACGACAGCCUGGGCAAGAACCUGCUCUUGGUCGCCCUGUGCCUGACCUUUGGCGUUGAAGUCGGUUUUAAAUUCGCCACCAAGACCUUAAUUUAUCUGCUGAAUCCGUGUCAUGUUGUCACCAUGUUACAGAUCUUCCUCCUUGCAUGUCCUCCCUGUAGAAUUGCCCUAAUUGUUUUCAGGUUGCAGAUGCACAUGUUAAAUGGAGCAUUACUGGCAUUGCUGUUUCCUGUUGUUAAUACCAGGCUGCUUCCUUUUGAGAUGGAGAUCUACUAUAUCCAGCAUGUCAUACUUUAUAUUGUUCCAAUUUAUCUGCUCCAGAAAGGGGGUGUGUACCAGCCUGAACCAUUGGGGGAUUUCUGGUGGGCCCUUCUUGCUACUGGACUUCUGUUCUUCUACCACUUCACCUUUUUGCAGAUCCUCGGAUUGGUCACGGAGGUUAACCUGAACAACAUGCUCUGUCCUGCGAUAUCCGACCCCUUCUACAGCUCCUGGUAUCGGAUCUGGGCAUCGGGACAUCAAACGGUGAUGACAGUGACGCACGGAAAACUGGUCACUCUCCUGUUCUACAUCGCUGCUCCUGCUCGCAAGUAUCUGGUGGAUGUGGUCAAGCUGCCAAUCAAGAAAUUUGUUUGAAUCAGUGCAGCAAAUGCUCUCCAGAAAUGUGCAUCUCUUAGGCAAAUGUUAGAAACUGGAAAAGAGAAGAUUCUAAAAGGGGGAUUUUUAAAAAAUAUUUUGUUGACUGCAGUCAAUGACUCAGGAGCUUUAAGGGAGCUUUAUCUGAAAUAGUUUUAUACUUUUGUAAUGCAUAAUGAAAGUGGCUGUGCACAGAGAUUUAAAAUUUCAGAUUAAAUGAGCAAGUUCAAAAAGGGAAGUUGUCAUUCAAAACAAGUUUCAGAGACAGACAGAGGGAAAAUACUGGGCCAGAUACUUUGCUCUUUUCCCAUUGCCAUUCAUUACCUCAGUCGCGAGUGUUGUAUCUAGAACAUCCCCACCCAAAUAUCUUUGCUUGUACAUUUGAAAAAGAUGGAUCACGUACUUGUGUCUGACUCGUAAACAACAUUGAUGAAAAAUUGAUUCUGUUUAUUUGUAUUAACUUUUUAUCCAUGCAGUUAAAUGAAUGAAGCUUGUUUACUCAAAUAGAACUGAGAAUACUGCAAGAUCACAGAGUCCAAAUGUGGAAGGUGGUGGCAUUUGCAAUCAACUUGCAUGAACUCUCCUAAUUCUUCCAUCACUGAUUAAUUUUGUUUCCAACUGAUGUGAUGUAUUGAUCAUAUUCCUGCAUCGACAACCUGCUUCCUGGCCUUAAAGGAUGUGUGAUGACUGUUACUGUAAGGAAUUAGUUUGUUCCGCUCUGCUUGCCAUCCCAGGAGAUGUCCCAACAAAAAAAAAAGACUUGGCCGGGAGCAUGUGCAAGCUGAGUACAUGCUGCCCAUUUGAAAACCUAAUGCACUGUCUCUCAGCCCCCAGUUUUACUUGCCUGUUGCUGAAUUUACAUAAAUACUUAUAUUGUGAGGAAAGACGAUGGCUCUGCCUCGCAUUGCCACAUGCUGUUACCCAGAUGAUCCUUUGGAGAGAAAUGCGUUAAGAUGGGUUGUGCUAUUUUACAUGUAUGAAAACAAUGUUUUAGAUGCAUUUGCUGCAUUUAAUUCCUCCUAAAAAAUUGAAAUUUCAUCCAUUUUUGUUUAAUAAUGAUGGUCACUUGUGCUUUGAUGUGUUGCUUAAGUUAUCAAAAAUUUGAUGUACCGGUUAAAAUAGUUUAUACGUGGUCAGACAAGUAAACCUUGGUCUGCAGCUCAGCAAGCAUAUUCCAAAAUCAUGUUGAUUUCCCACUGCAUUAACAGGAAAACAUCUUUCAAAUUUAAAAUAGCUGUCAUAUGUAAUCUAAAGGUUCUUAAUGUUUUAUUGAUACAGUGAAAUGUCAUUUAGAUCUUGUUUUAUAUUUUUAUGGUACAUGCAAUGAGAAGACUGAAAGAAAUGAGGCUGAGUUAUAAUCAGUGUUUGACUCAUUUCUUAUUCAUCUGACUGGCUAUCUGCUGCAAAUAGUAUCAGUCUCCAUUGCAAGGAAGGCAUCUGUGCAAAUUUCUAAGGGGUUUUAUUUUGUAUUCCUGAAAAAUCCCAUUUCUAGAAUUUUGCUGAUGCUCAAAUUGAAUAAGCACAAUGGUUUUUUUUAAAAAAGAAGCCUCAUUUUCAAUGUGGGGAAAUAUCUUGCAGUGAUAAUUUAUUUCAGUGAUGUGGAUAACUUGAAGAAGCAUAAGUACAAGCUAACCAGCAUCUUAUUCCCCUCCAUUUCACCUGUACAACAUAAUUCCUCAUGAAAGCAAUUUAUAAUUUCUUACUAUAAUCAAAAGUUAACAUGACUUAUUUCAAUACACAGGAAAAAAAAAGUUUGAGUUGGAAUCCUUUUGGUGGGAAGUACAUUGAUAUUUUUAAAUUGUGCUUAUUAUUAAAUUCUCCCUUACUGAUUUGUUUCUUUUACUUAUGUCGCAGCUUUUUUUGUGAUUGGGCUUGUAAAUUGUAUUGAAAUUGCCACUAAAUCACUGUGUUGCUAUUCCCUCCUUUUCCCACUACGUGAUUCUGGCAGUCUAUCACAAGAAUGUUUCGAUAGUUAGUUAAUGCUGCUUCUCUAGAAAUGCAGCGGAAAGCAUUUUGGAAUCUGAGGCGGUGCCUUUCCUCUUCUCCAGGUGGGAUUUCAGCUCACCGGAAUUAGCAAAAAAGCAACUUUCCCAAAACGAGUUGUGUUAGGCCCACUCCAUGAUUCAGGGACUUUAAUCUUCUGACACUGGUUUGUUGAUGGUCAACUGUCUUCAAAAGACAGUGGUUUAGUGGGUGAAGGCUUCAUUCGCUUUUCAUGUUUUCUGCACAUAAAGCUAUUCUGCAUCUGAUACAUAGUUGGUGCUAUUUCCACCCUGUUAACAAUGACACAAUGCAACUGGCAGCCUCAACCCCAGAAGAGGAAAUUCUAGAGGUGAUUCAUCACUGUUCAAUGUGCUAUAUGUACUGUAAAGAUGAGCACACAGAUUAGGCCAAGAUGCCCUCUUCAGUUAAAGUGGCUUCCUCACCCUCAGAGGGCUGUUAGUUCUUGAAGUAAAAAUGCUUGUUAAUUAUAAAGUGGUCCUUCAGAAGGGAAGGAUGGUGGGUGGGGGGGGGGAAAUAAGCCAUUAAGUUUCAACAUUGCCAUGUAAUUUUCCUACAAUGAGAAAAUAUUAAGUAUAAGUGGAAUCAGCCUUAGGUUCCUUGAGCCUUUGCCAUCAUUCUAUGAAAUUAUGGCAAGCCCACCUCCUCAAGUUCACUUCCCAGCCUGGUCACCAUAUUGGUUAUGAUGUCCUUGAUGUAGAAAAUUAUUUUGAAUAUCAGCUCAGUGACUAAACAUGGUUAACCCUCUAGAAUCACAAAAAUUAAUAACUCUCUGUGUUUGGAAAUUUUUACCUCUCCUCAAUUCCAAAUGGCCUAAUCUGAGAUUGUCUCCUAAAUAGCAAAGCCUGAGACUGUCUCCUAAAUAUGCAAUUCCGCAGAUUGAGUUUUGUCCCUUUGUUUCCCUCAGAGUCAUUGACAUCGCCUGUAAACUCCUUAUUCACAUCACUCCUCAUACAACAAUCCCUAUCUCAGGAAAAUGGGAUUUAAAUAUCAGAAAUAUACACUCUAGAACCUGUGCUCUACUAACUGUAUUUUUUAAAUAGUUAACCCGGAUUCAGGAUUUUUAAGAAAAAAAAUUGUAUCAAUGUAAUACUAUUUGAAACUGUUAAUUGCAAACUAAGGCAUUAGUUGGAAAUUGAGUUUUGAGAAGUCAAACACCAUGUGUGAAUUUUGCAAUGCCUAAAUGACUGGUAGAGAAUGGAUGACAUUUUACAUUUCAAUGGAUUUGUGCCUUUGGGGUACAUUUUAUAAAAUGGCUUCUUCUACACUCCUUUUUUUAUAGCCCCACGGGGAAGUUCAAACUGAAGAUGUUCCAAAUCCACAGUGAGAUCUCUCUGUAAUAUUAAAGGCACAACAGAAGCUGGAAACUUGCGCAAAAUAAGGAUGCCUGUGUUGAGAUGAUAUUUCGGGGGUUGGGGUGAGAAAGAGGACUUAACCCUAGAAGCUGUAAAAAAAAAACCUAAGCUUUGCUUCCCCCGCCCCCCCCCCAUAUUUUGAUAAGAUACUUUUCAAAGUUGCUGAAUAGCUUCAAGAUUAUGUGGCCUUCUUAAAUAUAUCUGCAAACCUUUUAGAAGUACUGAUAUGCCAACUCAGGGAGACAAGGAACUGCUUGGAAUCAUCUAGUCAGUAAAACUGAAAACUAGAUGAAUGUCUUAGAGGUAUUUAUUUCCAGGACUUUCCCUUUUACUGCUUUUAGCUAGGGAAUAUCAAGGGCCAGAAAAAAAAUGUGUGAUGAUGACAAUGCUACAUUUUGAUAUUUCAAACAGAUGUUUUCAGUUGUCUUGUUAUUCUGAAAUUUCACUGGCAUCCAAUACUUGUGGCUUUGGUCAGGUGUGUACCUCAACUAGAAUGUUUUUUAAUGAAAAUUUUAAAAUAGAAUAUUGAUACUUACAGACUUAUAGGGAAAAAGGAAGUUUGUAGCUACUUUUGGAGAAUGUCGCAUAUUGUAAGUGAGAUUUACCACUUGUGUAGUUUUUAAAUAAAGGAAAUCACUUCAAGCUGCUGCUUUUACAAUUAUGUCUGCAUAGUGAAAUUUAUGUUAUUAUUGGAAGCAUCUUAU